AGCAAAUGCGAUACAACAAGCUGAUCUCAACUAUAUGGGGACCUAUCUCGAUAUAAAAAUAGCUGUCGAAGACAAUUUAAAAGAAAAUGGCAUGAAACAUAAAUUUAGUCUCAAUUUGACAAACAUCGGAAACGGCGUGGUAGAAAAUGAAGGCUGGUCGAUUUACUUCUGUAGUUUCUUUAUGAUUGAACCUGAUCACCUACCAUCGGCUGACGGAUAUAUUCUACCGCACUAUUACUUGAAAAUAAAUCACAUACAAGGGUGUUUGUUUAGCAUGUCCCCGACAUCCGGUUUUCCAAGACUUUUAGCAAAUGAGAGAUAUUUUGUUGACUUUUAUGGACAAUUCUGGGCUGUCUCCAGAACAGAUCUUCCACCAAAUUGGUAUGUAGCGGCACCAUCCUUAAAACCCGUCAACAUUCAGUCAACCUUUACAGGAAAGCGAUUUGUGUCGGACUUUACUUCCCCAAGGCAAUGGAAGAGGUACCGGAUUGACCAAUACAAUCCCUAUACGGCACAAGAACGCUAUAGAAAAUAUGAUGCUGGAGUACCUACCGACUCCUUAAAAUUAGUUCUCCCAACGCCAAAACACAUUCAAGUACAUUCGAAUAAUUCUCUAAAGAUUCGAAACAUGACUAUUGUAUGUACAGCAGAUUUAAAAGAAGAAGCGGACUACUUAUCAAGUAAGCUUGGUUUGUCAGUCUUAGUAAACAAUUAUACACAGGGAAGAACACAGAACAACCAAAUAUUUCUUUCCGUUGACCCUACCUUCGGAAAUAACAGUGAAGCUUACAAUUUACUUGUGAAAAUCAAAGAUAAAACGAUCAAUAUCUUUGGCCAGACCACUACAGCUGUAUUUUACGGUGCACAAUCGCUGAUAAGUCUAGUGGAUGGUUCUUUUGACAAAAUAAGUGUUCCGGAAGUUUCCAUACAAGACGAGCCUCGAUAUGAGUUCAGAGGAAUGCACAUAGACAUAGCUAGGAACUUUCGACCAAAAGCAGAUAUUAUUCGUUUGAUGGAUGGAAUGGCUAUGUAUAAAUUAAACAAACUUCAUUUACAUCUCUCUGACGAUGAAGGAUGGCGGUUAGAAAUUCCUGAUCUACCUGAGCUAACAAAAGUGGGAGGAAAACGAUGUCAUGAUCUAACUGAAACAAAGUGUAUAAUUUCUCAGCUUGGGUCUGGAGGAGACGAAUCGACCUCCGCUUCUGGCUUCCUUAGUGUUUCCGAAUAUACAGAAAUUGUUCUUGAGGCUAAAAAACGCCAUAUCGAAAUUAUACCAGAAAUUGACAUGCCUGGUCACGCUCGAGCUGCGAUAAAGGCCAUGGAAGCCAGAUUUUUAAAUUACAAGCGAACUAAUUUAACCAAAGCGAACCAGUAUAGAUUGGUGGAUCCAAAUGAUACAAGUAAAUAUUCUUCUGUUCAGAUGUACAAUGACAACGCAGUUAACCCGUGCGUGGAAUCAACUUAUGAAUUCUUAGAGAAAGUACUGAAAGAAAUGUUGAAAAUCCAUCCGGGAUUAAAAACCUUUCACUUUGGAGGAGAUGAUGUAGCAAAGGGCGCAUGGGUAAAUUCAACAAAAUGUCAAACAAUGGCGGCACAUGAUUCUUACUAUUCAUUCGCUGGGCGUUUAAAGGAAUAUUUUGUGCAUCGAGUAUCUAAUAUCACGAACCGCCUUGGCCUUAACAUUGCGGGAUGGGAAGAUGGAUUUUUGGGAUAUAAUGGGAUGCCAUACAACAGGAGCAACAUUCCAAAUUCAAAAGUAUACGCAAAUGCUUGGCAAAAUGUUUGGGAAUGGGGUGCAGCAAAAAGAGCCUAUAACCUUGCAAAUAGUGGCUACAAGGUUAUCAUGGCACAAGCUACUCAUUUAUACUUUGACCAACCAAAUGAACCAGAUCCGGAAGAGCCCGGCUUAUAUUGGGCCACGCGAUACACGGACGUGGCUAAAACCUUCCGUUUCCUUCCGGACAGACUAUACAGAAACAUUGAUGUUAAACGAUCUGGAGAGAGGAUAGAAUACCCACAGGUUUGUGGUAAAAACGACGCCAACUGUCCACCGCUGAUAAAUACCAAAAAUAUCAUUGGAUUACAAGGCAAUCUCUGGAGCGAAACUUUGCUGACCUCUGAAAUCUUUGACUAUAUGGUGUUUCCAAGAAUUUUGUCCCUUGCCGAAAGAGCAUGGCAUAAAGCUUCUUGGGAAGAUUUAGAUUUAGAUUAUCCGGAUGGAGAAAUUGGCUCUUUAUCUGACUGGCAGAUUUUUGCAAACACAAUUGGUUAUAAAGAAUUCGAUCGCUUGAAUACACUGGGUAUAUAUUACAGAAUUGGUCCGCCAGGUGCAAUAAUAAAGAACGGUACACUUCAUGUGAACACAGAAUUCCCUGGUCAUGUUGUACAGUAUAGCGUAGAUAAUGGUGCCAUAUGGCAAGAUGUUCCAAGUGGAUGGAGACCAACAUAUACCUCUAUACGACUGAGAACAAGUUCUCGAAAUGGAAAGCGAUUCAGCCUAGCAAUAACAUUUUAUCCAGAUGAACCUCCGGCAGCUGCAGAACAACAUUUAGUGGACUACAUUGCUACAAAGUUCGUGGUUCGACUGGACGUAAUAAGUAAUGUUAAUAAUACUGGAAAACACACAAUAUCUGUAAAUUUGAAAAACAGUGGAAUUAUAUCCCUCGGUCCAGGGACAUGGGAAAUUGGUAUCUUUACAUCACACCUCCUCCAGCCAGAUGAAUAUCCUUACCCCCAUGGAUACACUUUAAGGGACUGCCAUUUACGUUUAUUCCAUGUAGGUGGAUCGCUAUUUAAAUUAAAACCGGACAGAGAGUUCCGUCUUUCAGAAGAAAGAGAUGUGACAUGCAUUCUACUUGCAAAAGGUUAUCAAGUUGCGAAAACAGAUUCAAUGCCAAAUUGGUACGUUGCUGCCGAAGGUAUGCAGUCAAAAGAUAUCAUGUCAACUAAAAACGAAUCUCUGAAUUUUGUUGAUCCUUUUGUUAGACCGGAGCAAUACCAUCGCUUCUCAGAUGAUUCAUACUCGCCGUACAGUCCACAGGAGAGAUAUGACAUUAAUGACGUCAUGACUAUAUCUGGAACGGAAGCUAAACAAGUCAUACCAACUCCAGUUCAUUUGAAUAUGAAACAGAAUAGCAGUGUUACAAUUGAUAGUACUUGGGUCUUUUAUCAUACUACUUUUUUUGAAAAGGAGGCAAAACUUAUAGCAGAUCUCUUUAAUUUAAGCAUUCAACACAACAUACCUCACCAUAAGUAUAUAACCCUUAAAAUGGCAGCACAUUUGAACAUUCUGCACAAUUCACACACACCUGAUGAAGCAUAUCAGAUAGAUGUAUCAACGUCUGUAAUAAGAAUCUCAGCUCACACAAGUAAAGGUGCAUUUUACGCUUACAAAACCUUACAAAGCUUAAUUCAAACCGGAAAUGGUGUCAAUGAACUUCCGGAGGUGACAAUUAGAGAUCAGCCUCGCUUUCAGUACCGUGGCAUGCACUUGGAUGUAAGUCGAAAUUUCCAACCAAAAGAGGAAAUAUUCAAGCUUUUAGAAGCCAUGGCCACAUACAAGCUAAAUAAGUUCCACCUACAUUUGACAGACGACGAGGGCUGGAGACUGCAGAUUCCAGGGAUACCAGAAUUGACAGAGAUUGGUUCUGUACGAUGUCAUGAUUCCGGAGAGAAUGUUUGUUUACUUCCACAACUAGGAUCGGGUUCCUCCAAAAACAGUUACGGUUCUGGAUUUUACACAGUAAAUGAUUACAGAGAAAUCUUAACGUUUGCAAAUGAACGUCAUAUUGAAGUGAUACCGGAAAUAUCAGUGCCAAUUCACUGUCGCGCAGCAAAAAAAUCAAUGGAAGCCCGAUUCCGGAAGUUCACAAAAUAUAGAAAUAUGUCUGCUGCUUAUCAAUUUCUCUUGACUGAUUUUGAUGACAAAACUAAGUAUUUGACCAUGCAAAUGUUUUCAGACAAUGCUAUAAAUAUUUGCAUGAACUCAACAAUGGAAUUCAUACAAUACGUCAUUAAAGCAGUGAAAGAAAUGCAUCAAGGGGCGCAAACUCUUCAGAUGAUCCAUGUGGGAGGAGAUGGCAUGGCGGAUGUAUGGAAAGAUUCCCCAGAAUGUCAAGCGUUCCUUGCUAAACAUGGUUUAAGUGACGACAGAGAGCUCAGAAAAUACUUUGUGAAGCAACUCGUGCAGAUUCUGGAUAAAGAAGGGCUGAGCACCGGUGCUUGGGAAGAGAUGUUUACGGAUAACGAUGAACGUAUGAAUCUCACAAACUUUCCAACCGAUAGAGAUGUGACGGCUUAUAACUGGAAUAAUAUAUGGGAGUGGAAACAGGGCGAGAGUGCGUACAAGUUAGCAAAUGCUGGGUAUAAGGUUGUGAUCGGGCAUGCCACGCAUCUUUAUUUUGACCAUACGCAAGAGCCCGAUCCCGAAGAACGAGGGACAUCUUGGGCAUCACGAUUUAUAGACAGUCGGAAAGUCUUUGGGUUUGUGCCUUCAAAUAUCUAUUAUAAUGCGGAUAAAGAUGGAAAUGGACAUCUUCUCACACGUAAUCAAAUAUGCCCAAGCAAUGGAACGUGUACAGACUUGAAAGAACCAAACAACAUUAUUGGAAUGCAAGUCCAGCUGUGGACAGAGACCAUAAGAACUAUAGAGGAACUGCAUGAAAUGAUAUUCCCCCGUCUUCUUCCUGCGGCAGAACGGGCAUGGCAUCAACCACACUGGGAAGGGAUCCAAAAUGAAGAGGGGCGGAUCAAGAAAACAGAUCAGGAGUGGUCAUCAUUUGCCAAAGCCCUAGUUCAGAAGGAAUUGCUUCGAUUGGAGAAAAUGGGAAUAAAAUAUAGGAUACCUGUUCCCGGAGCAAGAAUUGUGAACGAUGCCAUCAUAGUCAACACAGCACUGCCUGAAAUGACUGUAGAAUUCAGUGUAGACAAUAAACAAACAUGGUCAUUGGUAACGUCUAAUUUGAUAAUUGUGGGAAAAGAAACGAUAUAUCUGAGAACAAGAUCUGUCGAUGGUUCUCGGUACAGCAGGGUAGUCACAAUGAACUUUCAAAAUCCUAUGAAGAGAUAUUUGUACAAAGCGUCUUUCGAUUCAGUUCAUAAUGUGUUACCGUGA